AUGGCGGGCACGGGACGGAUCUGGUGGAAAGAUGGCGUCGUCUACCAAAUCUACCCCGCCAGCUACCAAGACUCCAACGCCGAUGGCCUGGGCGACAUCCCCGGCAUAAUCUCCAAGAUUGACUACAUCAAAGAUUUGGGCAUUGACAUUGUCUGGCUGUCUCCAAUGUACGAGUCUCCGCAGCACGACAUGGGAUAUGAUGUCUCCGACUAUGAAUCCGUGUACCCGCCGUACGGCACCGUCGCUGACAUAGAAGCUCUGAUUGAGGCCUGUCAUUCUCGCGGUAUGCGAUUGAUUCUUGAUCUCGUUGUCAAUCAUACCAGCGAUGAACAUGCAUGGUUCAAGGAAUCGAGAUCUUCAAAGACGAAUCCGAAGAGAGACUGGUAUAUUUGGCGACCAGCCAAGUAUGCAGAGGAUGGAACGAAGAUGCCACCAAAUAAUUGGAGAAGUUUCUUCAGUGGCAGUGUAUGGGAAUGGGACGAGGAGACACAGGAAUACUACCUGCAUCUCUUCGCCAAACAGCAGCCUGAUCUGAACUGGGAGAAUCCUGUUACUCGACGUGCAAUUUAUAACUCAGCCAUGGAAUUCUGGCUCUCUAAGGGUGUGGAUGGGUUCAGAAUUGACACCGUCAAUAUGUAUUCGAAAGGCACAGCGUUCCCGGACGCACCAAUUGUCGAUGAAGGGAUUUUUGAGCAGCCUGCCAGUGGUCUAUUCUGUAACGGACCACGAAUGCAUGAAUUUCUUCGCGAAAUGAACCAGCAGGUCCUCAGUAAAUAUGACACUAUGACCGUGGGCGAACUUCCAUCUACCCCCGACCCCGCCCAUGUGCUCCGUUAUGUUGGUGCAAACGACAGACAGCUGGACAUGGUCUUUCAGUUCGACCUUGUUGAUCUUGGAACCGGCAAACCACACAAAUACGAGUACGAAGGCUACAAACUCUCAGAUUUGAAGGAGGUUGUUAGCAGGUGGCAGACUUUUAUAGCCGGGACCGACGGCUGGACUACCGCAUUCUGCGAGAACCACGACCAAGGUCGCUCUGUAUCUCGCUAUGCCAGUGAUGCACCUGAAUGGCGAGAGAGAUCGGCGAAGAUGUUGGCAAUGAUGAUGUGUGCUAUGACCGGUACACUGUUUAUCUAUCAGGGACAGGAAAUUGGGAUGAUCAACGCGCCAAAAGACUGGCCUAUUGAAGACUAUAAGGAUAUUGAGAGUAUUAAUUACUAUAAUUCAGUGGCGGAGAGGACCAACCGUGAUCCGAAGGCCUUGGAUAGGGUGAUGAAAGGGAUUCAGGUUCUAGGAAGGGACCAUCCAAGAUUGCCAAUGCAGUGGGACGAUUCACCUUUUGCUGGCUUUACCUCGAGCAAAGCCGGAGCUUGGAUGCGGACCCACGAUUCUUACAAAGAUAUUAAUGUGGCUUCACAAGUUAAAGACCCGAAGUCGGUACUUAGUUUCUGGAAGCAGAUGCUUAAAAUCAGGAAGGAGUACAAAGACGUGUUCAUCCAUGGCGAGUUCCAAGGCUUGGACAUGGAGAACGAGCAAACCUUUGUUUUUAGUAAGAAGUAUGGGGCGAAAAAGGCGCUCAUAGUAUUGAAUUUUACGGCGGAUGAGCAAGGGUUCAAGAUGCCCGUUGAGGACGGCAAGCUCGAUUUUCUUGUGGGAAAUAUCCAGGAUGCAGAUGGCACGAAAGCGAGGUUGCAGGGCUAUGAAGGGAGGAUAUACUUCGUCAACUGA